ACAGCUCACUCCUGCAUGGACCAGAUCAACGCUACCGAAGCCGACCUGGAGUUCCUGAGAAGUGAUCCGCCGUACCCUGAGAAGGCUGCUUGCAUUAUAAAGUGCUUAUUGGAAAAGGUUGGCAUCGUAAAAAAUAACAAGUAUUCCAAAGCGGGCUUUAUGACCGCCGUCACUCCCCUGGUGUUUAGGAACAAGAAGAAAAUGGAGCAUAUGAAAACGGUAGCGGAUAAUUGCGAUAAAGAGAUUAACCAUCACGUAGUAGCUCCAUGUGAGCUCGGUAAUGAAGUCGUCACAUGCAUCUUCAAAUAUGCACCAGAAUUGCAUCUAAAAGCGUAA